UAUGAGUGUGUCAUAAGUCCUUAGUCCUUACUCCUUGCCCCUCGCCUGUUGUGGUCAUCCGUCUAUUUUAUUUUAUUUAUGUGAGAUAGUAACAAUUUUGCGCAGCGAAUUUUGAAAUACUUAUCAAUGUUUAAUUAUCAAGUUGAAUAUGCUAAAUCGUCAAAUUCAGAAUGUAAAGUAUGCAAAGAAAAUAUUACUAAAGGUGAAUUACGUAUUGGAAUUUUAAUAAAGCCACAAGAUUAUUAUAUACCAUUAUGGCGCCAUGAAAUAUGUUUCUUUAAGAAUGGAAAGCGUUUAGGAACAAUCCAACAAUUUAAAGAUUAUAACACACUUAAACCUGAUGACAAACUAAGAAUAAAGGAAAAACUAGUUGAUCCAUCAGAAGAUUUCCCUGCUUCUGUUUUUGACAUUUUGGGCCUGGUACUUAAUGAAAGAGAUAAAGCCAUUAUUUCUGAAUAUGGUGUAGAAGAGAGCAACAAUUCUAGUGCCAGGUGCAGACUCUGCAAUAUUCAAAUUGUAAAGAAAGAGUUGCGGAUUUCUAAAAUUCAAUAUGAGGAAAAACGUGGUGAAAUUAAGCAUUACUAUCAUGUGAAAUGUUUUGCAAAUGUCAGGAAUGAAUUUAAUUUUCCAGGAAGUGGUGAAUAUAUGCCAGGCUUUGAGAUUUUAACAAAUAAAAAUCAGGAAAUUGUUAAAAGUUAUAUUAGGCAAGAUAACAUAGUCCCACCUCAUACAGAGUUCGGACCUUCCUCAUCGAAGUGUACCAAGCUUGGCGAGCAAAUUAAAUAUGAAGAUGAACAAAACAAAGAAAAUAUAAACAAGAUUAAAACUGAAACAUCGUGUGAAUUAGAAAGUGAGGCUGUGAGGCUACAAAGCGAACUGUUUCACAAAUACAAAUCUAGUUUGAGAAGUUUAUCGAAACAAGACUUAAAGAUCAUAUGUAAACGGAAUAACCUUUACAUGUUUAAAGGAACAGAAGAGCCUCUAGAUCUGUUAGCGGACUGCAUGGUCUUCGGAGCUCUACAACCGUGCCCCAAAUGUAACGGACAACUUAAGUUAACUACGUUCCGCUAUGAAUGUUCAGGUUUCAUUAGUGAAUAUUUUCUGUGCACAUAUACGACCAAAUCACCGCAGAGGGUUCUUCUGACUGUACCCGACGAGUUGAAGCAUUACUCUGCUCUCAAAGAUUACGAACCCAGUAUCGGCGUAAGGAUCUUUGACGAUGAACCUUCGGACUACUUCCAACCUUCCCUUCCGAAACGAAUAAAAAUGGAGGCGACGGCGGCUCCGCUCAAGAACGUUCUGUUUUAUAUUCACAUCUCCAAUAAAGAAGACAAAGAGACUGUAAAAUGUCGCGUGUUGAAGUCGGGCGGGUGCAUCGCCCCCAAGCUGGUGGAGACCGUGGCGGCCGUCAUCGCCGCUAAAGAGGAUUAUCAAAAAAAUACUCCCCUCACCGAGAGGAUGAAGUUGGGCGGCUUUCACAUAGUCGAAGUGUCCUUUCUCGAUGAAGUAGAAUCUCUGAAGAAUUCUCUCUCCGUCCCCGAGUCCAUCGAGCUUAUAGAGGAGCAUAACAUUUCCGAGUUCUCUUCAGAUAUCUACUCGCGUGUGCCCAGACAGGUCUUAGAAGGAGAGCCGGUUCGAGUCUCCGGAGGUGUUUACAUUCUUAAGUCGGAUCAACCUCAUAUAUCCACCCUGAAAGUCAAGGAUGGCAUCCCGUUGGUGAUGGGAACCGGCCUGGAGCGUUGGGCCCACGUGUACCGCGAGAAGGGCGAGCCGUACUCGGCCACGCUGAACCGCGUCUACAUGGACGCCAGGCACGGAACCAACCGGAGCUACACCAUGCAGCUCUUGGUCGCCGACGUUCAGAAACGAUACUGCGUGGUGAGAAGCUGCGGACCGACAGGCUCCGAACCGAAGCACUAUAAGAAAGAGUUUGAGGAUUUAGGAGAGGCGAAAGCUUUCUUCCGGGAUGUGUUUUAUAAAAAAACUGGGAACAUCUGGACCCGAAGACACAAUUUUCAAAAGAAAUAUGGCAAGUUUGAUCUGAUCGAAAUGGCCGAUUUGUCCGAAAGAGAGCCCGAGCCGCUGUGCCUCGAUUCGCAGAGCGAGCUGCCGCGCGCCGUGCAAGAGCUGAUGAUACUGCUGUUCGACAUCAACAUCAUGAACAAGACCAUCGCCGACAUGGACAUCGACACCGACAAAAUGCCGUUGGGUGUUCCGUCGCAGGAGCAGAUCUCGUCCGGCUUCCGCAUAUUGGGCGCUCUGUACGAUAUCGUUAGCGAAGGGCGGGAAGAAUAUAUGAGGAUUGAAGAAUUGUCCACGAGAUUUUAUACCAAAAUACCGCACAAGGGCAACUUCAAGGAGUUGGUAUUACUCGAUAACGUGGAUUUGAUUAGAUCGAAGAUGCACAUGCUCGACGAUCUUUCUAAGACCCACGUUUCCUAUAAAAUAUUGCACGAAGAUAUGGAUGUAAAGAUUGGCCUCAUGCAACAGUAUUACUUGAAGCUGAAGACCGAAAUUUUGCCUCUCGAUACCGAUUCCCCGGAAUACGGCACGGUCAUGAAGUACUCGCUGAACACUCAGUCGAAGGCCCAUUCGUUUCAAAUAAAGGUCGAACAGGUGAGAUCUCUCCGGUCUGCGAAUCGGCUCGAGCGGUUCGCGAAUCUAAACUUCGGCGGUUUCCAGAUAUUCAGCGUCGACCGACAGGGCGAAGCCGAGCGCUUCGAGCCUUACGCCGCGUUUCCCAACCGGAAGCUCCUGUGGCACGGCUCCCGGCUCUCCAACGUGGCGGCCAUUUUGCUAGAAGGACUUCGCAUAGCCCCCGAAGGCGUCGAGAGGACGGGUGACAUGUUCGGAAAGGGCAUCUACUUCGCCGACGUCGUCACAAAGUCCGCGCAAUACGCGUACACGACGCCCGACCACCCCGCCGCUGUGCUGCUGUUGUGCCGGGUGGCCCUCGGGAACAUGAAACGUUGUACCAGGAGGGAGCCGGUCACCGAGCUACCGCAAGGUACGAACUCAGUCUGGGGCGUGGGCCGCUUUCGGCCGGAUCCCGCCGCAGCGGAGAUUUUACCCGACGGCACGGAAGUCCCGCUGGGUGCCUUAGUACCUAACACGAGAGACGAUCCCGACGAACCUGUCCUGAUUCACAACGAAUAUAUCGUUUACGACGAAGCGCAAGUAAAUAUAAAGUACUUGGUGCAAUUACAAAUAGUAUGAACUGUGAUAUUUUGGUGCUAUAUUUUCUUUUAAUGUAAUUUUAUGUUUCUAAAUUGACUGAUAGUAAUUACGUAAAUCGGAUUUUAAACCAA